AAAAAAAAAACAAAAUUUCUGUUAUUUUGCUGGCCUAUGUUGACAAUCUAAACUACUCAAGCAGUUAAUGCAAUUAAAAGCAUAUACCUUCAAGCCUCACUCAAAAAAGUAUAAACAAUUAAAUCCCAUAACCAGUUUUACAAAAAAUGUAAAUAACUAUUCGCUUCUUGUGAGAGACUUAUCGAUGGAACUUCUCCAUGCCCGAAAACAAGUUAUUUAGCAUACCUAGAGCUUCAGUCGAUUGACUCCUCCAUAAUCGUAUAAUGGAGGAAUCUCUUAAAUUCAAACUUACAUUGACGACCAGUUCUAGAUUGGUUUUGGCUUUUGACGGUUCGGAUUAAAUUUUCGAUAACUUUUUUGGACUAGAAGACUUGAAUCUACAUUAAAACGGAUAAAAGUGUUGUGUAUAAAGUAAAUUAAAACUUUAAGGCGAUUAAUAUUAAUUAACUGGUGCAAUCAAUGAAAAACAUUCUCAAAAGUCAUAAAUACUUUGUUCGGGGAUUAAAAAAAGUGUUUUGACAUUUUUGCUUAAACGAGCUUUGGUUAAAUCAAUCUGUCAUAUCUAAAUGAAUUCCUGGUAUUUUAACUAAAGCCUUCGAUACAAAGUAUUUAAUAACAAUUAAAUUAAAAAACACAGACAUUUUAUUCUACACAAAAAGUUUAAACAAAUGAAAAAGUUUUAAAAAUGAAAAAUGAUCUCAGAACAUCACUCUCCCAAGCCGACAUAGAAAGCCAACAUUCCAUAAAAGUGCUUCCAACACAAAAACCAAAAUUACCAAAAAAUAAAAAUCUAAACAAAAAUUAUUUGGAUGUGAACUUUAUAGCUCCAGAUGGGGGCUGGGGUUGGAUUGUUGUCAUUGCUGCUGCAAUUAGUAUUCUGGUGACACAUGGUGGACUUAAGCAAUGGGAAAUUUUAUUCAGAUUCGAGGCAAUUGGAAAUGAAAGUUUUCAAUUUCAAACAAUUUUAAAUAUAGAAUUGAUAGCUUACACAUGUACAGGUCUCUUUAUUGGAGAAAUUUUUCGUCGAUUUACAUUUCGUCAAAUCAGUUUAUUUGGAUCCGUUUUGACUUUCCUCGGAAUUGCACUGUCAGUUUUUGCCGAAUCCUUGACCUUACACUUUUUGCCAAUUUCUAUUUUGUGUGGAAUUGGCCACAGUCUUAUUUUUUCAGCCUCACACAUAACAGUCCUAACAUACUUCGAUGAAAAAAGAAUAUCAGCCAUAGCCUGCAUGUAUGCAAUAUCUGGUUUUGGACCAAUAUUCCUGAACACCCUAACCAAUUAUUUACUAGGAGAACAUGGGUUCACUUACACAAUUUUGUUUUAUGCCGCACUAUCUCUUCACAAUUUUGCCUCUUCAUUUUUAUACCAUCCUGUAAAAAGGCAUUUAAAUAAACCAGAUGAUAUCGAGUUGAUGGAUCAAGUUCGACCAUUAAAUUUGAUUUUUGGCUCCAGACAAAUAAGAAAACUAAAUGCUUUGGAAAUUCCUAUGGAUUCAAAUGAUGACUUGACUAGUCAACGUAGUUUUCCAUCGAACUUGCCAUAUCCUUUGAGAGUUCCUAAAAAUUCAUGUGCAUCAUUUGCACCUUUACGAGUUGCAAGACCAACAAUUCCGAAAAUUAUUUUACCAGAUGAAACGGAAUAUUUUGAAAGUCCACAGGAAUUUGAUGAACUUAGUGAUUCAUCAGAAGAUGAUCACAAAAAGCUUACAAUACUUCAAAGGAUAUCAAAAUUUUUUGACUUGGAUCUUCUGAAGGACUUUUCGUUCGUGAAUACUAUCUUGGGUUUAGCAAUAAUUAAUUUUGUGGAGAAUAAUUUCACCCUUCUGGCAGGAUCCGUUUUAAAAAACCAUGAUUUCGACAAAAGUGAGGAAUCAGUGGCCAUAUUAGUGUUAACUGUUUGUGACAUGGUCAUGAGAAUGUCAAUUCCACUCUUUGCCAAAUACCUUAAAUGCAGUAAUAAAGCUAUUUUCUUGUGUGCUCUCAUGGGAAUGUGCAUUGGAAGAGCAAUAUUGGUUUUUAGUAGAAAUUUCACGGUGGUCCUUGUUUGUUUCGGUUGGAUGGGUUUAUGCAAGGCAAUACGAAUCAUUUUCUGGAUAUUAAUUCUACCCAGUUAUGUGCCAUUGAAGAAACUUCCAGCUGCAAUUGGAUUGCAAGAAGUAAUUUGUGGUAUAUUUUCAUUAGUUUUUGGACAAUUUCUAGUUGUGUUUCGAAACGCAUCUAUUUCCGGCUUUUUACUACAUGGCAUCAAUAUAAUUUGUUUGAUUGUCGCAUUUUCAUGGUUGGGAGAGGAUUUAUUCAAACGGAAAAGGAUAAAACUUCAAAUUAAUUAAAUUUUACCAUAAGAUUAAAAAUAGUUAACUGGAAUUCCUAUACCUACAGAAGAAGAGAAACAAAGAAGGCUAACUAAUUUAAGAAAAAAAAAACAAAAAAUAAUAGCUUUUCGAACAUAAAAAAUAUUUUUUUUUGUUAAGUAUUAGUGGAUGGCUAUGAUGGAUGGCUUAGAAUGAUAAUUAUAAGUUUGCAUUUAAUAAAAAUUAAAUAAAGUUUUAAAAAUAAUA